AUGUGGGUCGAUAAAUCUCCAGCAUUAAUCAACGCCGUUACUAACUGAUUGGAGUCAUGAAGCACGUUCUCCUCCUUAUCUCCAUCGCCUGCUCAGUAACAGGACUGUCGGUCCUAAAUCAGCGCAUUGUCGGAGGAGAUUUGGCCACAACUGGACAAUUUCCUUAUGUCGUUUCCAUCAUUGAAAACGACCGCCAUUUCUGCGGCGGAUUCAUUUACAGCAACCGGUGGAUCGUCACCACAGCGUCCUGUGUUGCGGGUAAAUUACCGAGUGCCCUGAGAAUUGCGGCCGGAAGUUUGGGUUGGAAUCAAGAGCCCGAUGUCCAAAGUGUUCCCGUUUACAACGUCUAUGUUUUUGACGGGUACAACAGCACUUUCCAGCUCAAUGAUAUCGCCCUACUAAAGCUGACGAAAGAUAUCGUUUUUGACUCCAAUGCCAAUUUCGUGAAAUAUAGCGAAGUAAAUACGGACGAUCUGAGAGCUGCCGUCAUCGGAUGGGGUGCAACAAAUGAAGAAGGCAAUGUAACUACUGAACUUCGCUGCGGAGAAGUCUACAUCACGGAAACGACCGAAUGUGGUGAUUACUCCGAACCGGAAUUUAAACUUUUUUCUAUGAUUUGCGCUAGUCCUGAUACUACUACCGAUCCACCAAUUUCCGCUGGGUCUCCUUGCCAGUACGACGAAGGGUCUCCUCUGGUUCAAGUUAUCGGCACCCAGCACAUAGCGGUGGGCGUCAUGUCCAAAGCUAAAAGCUGCUCGUUGGACUCUGUCAGUGUCUACACCCGACUGUCGAAUUUCUAUUCGUGGCUACAAGCAACCGCCGGUCAACAGCCCGUGUCCGUCUGAUACAAGUCGAUGUCUACCAUGGACAAUGUUCUAUAUAGUAGUCAAAUGGGCUCGAAAUUUUUACUUAAGACGUCAAUAAACAUUUAGAAAUAUCA